AAAGCUUUUAAAGUAAAAAUAAUAUCGAAACCGCACAAAAGGAUAUUAAGGGAUACCGGUGUUUUAACCGCUAAAAAACCGGUUAUUUGCUUUAAAUGCGGGCAAUUAAACUACAUCGCUGCAGCAUGCAAAAUACGAACGGAUAACCCGAAAACCCCGUUGGCUUUAGCAAUUAUACAAAAAGCGAAAAGGAAAAAGCCCGAAAUACGGUAUUACGGGUAUAAAAAGCUAGGUUAUAUCCGGCCGGCGUGCCCCAAAAAAAGCAAAAUAUUGCUACCCAAUUCGAUACCGUUGUUUGGCCGUUUAAGCACCGGGGCUUAA